AUGACUAGAGUGCAAAUAUUCGUGCUCAUCACACAAAUGAAUAUGGAGAUAGUUGGAGGGUUAGUCGUCGUCAUGGGCAGCAGUACCACUUCAGAUAAAACCAUCAACACUAGCACUGACUCUGCCACCACUGCCCUUACAUCUGUCACCGGCACUGACGACUCCAUGGACGCUGAACCAGACCUAAUAGAUGCAGACCCACCCCAAAUACCAGAACCUCAACCUGAACAAAACCCACCAAGCACAGCCCCACCUCAUUACCAUCGCGCCCAAAAUAGCUGUGAGUUUGAUCCACCAGCUUACGCAAUUCCUCAAUCAGCUACUGAUACCAUAGACUCUCCGAGGCCUGGCCCAGCGAGGUUCGUGUUCGAUGUUCCUCUCCCUGAUCCCAAGAAAAUUGACAAACCGCGCAACAAAACACAAGUGAGCCAUACAAGUCUAGGCGGGCCUUCUACAUCUAUCCAAAUACCAUACGACCCAAAAAUUGAAACCCCUAAAAGUCCAAAAGCAAACCAAAUAAAAUAUGAAACGCAUUUUGAUUUUGAGCCUGAAACUGUGAAAAGACGAGGGAGUGAACCAAGAAUGAAGAACAAACAGAAAUUCGAUAAGCAAGAGUAUUAUAAAGAUGAAGUAGCAAAAUUAAGAAGACAAUUGGAAGGUACAGAGGUGUUCACGACUACUCGGAGACGAUCUUCUACACAUCAACAUUCUGUUCCACCACCAGCAUCUAGAAGACAAUCAACAGCUGCCCAAGUGCACGUCACUGCAAACCCUUUAGAUUCAGCAUCGUCAAUGCCAGCCGGAAGGACCACAAUUGUGGUGCAGCAACCCUCGCUAUCCUUAGAUUAUGGAGGCUGCUCCACAAUCCUGGUGAGGGAUGGAGAAGAUGGCAGGAGGACUAGUAGAGUAUGCAGCGAUCAUAUACAGCAACUUCUAGAUGUGACCAGCCAGUUCACAUCUGAAGAUCUCCACGAAUUUGAUAAAAGG